AUGGAUCUCGACGACAGCCCGGAUGAGACUGGCGACCCUGCGGACGUCAACAAUCCCUCGUCAGAAGCUGCCCAUGUAGAUGAUCAGGCACCUAGAGAUGCCCACGUUAUGCCACUCGAAACGUCCAAGGAUGCGUCUGCUCCGCUCGCGUUCCACUAUCGAAAAUGGGAACGACUUCGCAAACACUACCGGGACCAGUAUCUCGACGUAUUCAAGGAGACAUUUGGCACUGAGGACAAAGGCGAUGUCGCUGGGGAUCUACCGCCAACUCAGCUUGGGGCGGUCCUUUGGCAACCUGACGAGAAAGCUAGGUUGUACGACGCGCUGGGUCGGAAAGGCCGGCAUGAUUUGAAGGCUCUCUCGACGUUGGUGGCAACAAAGUCCGAGGUUGAGAUCAAAGCAUACUUGGACAACCUGCGAGGCCAGGACACCGACCGCCAGCUGUUUGAGGCACAACCUAAAAACAUCUCCCACGCAGACAUCCCCGCUGCUAUUGAGAUCGGCCGUCGAUGUGAGGCUGUCCUUGACACGGCCGCGGCUGCUUUGUCAGCGUUUCAAGAACAGUACGAUGCUACCGUUGGCCAAAACCGCAAUGACUUGUGGUUCAUUGAUCACGAGCUGGCGGCAGAGCUGGAUCGGAAAAGCGACGAAUUUACAACAUCUAACAACACUAGCAGCCAAGAGUCUGAUGAAACACCUGCGCCAAUUUCGGACAGAGCAAUCCGAGCUUUUCGGCUCUCGACGUUUCUCGAACUGAGCGAAUGUUUCUUCAUGAACAGAGAUGCUGAUAGCCCAGACUCAUGGCAAAAUAUAGACGAAGAGGAUGAACGGCCAGCUCUGACCCUGGACAGUGUAACUCUAUUCUACGAUUUGACUGUGAAUCUUGCAUGUCGGUUGAUACAGUCGGCUCUUUUCAUUGCCAAGUCUCGCAUCCGCGCUGCCGCGUCGAAAGACUACCAACCUGGAGAACUCGUGAGAUCUGAAGACGUGCAUGCAGCUCUGGAUGUGUUGGGGGUCACAAAGGACUGCGACACCUUCUGGAUUGGGUUGGCAAGGAGAAACGGUCUGAGAGUCGUGGACGACGCACAUCGAAGAGGAGUCGAUGCAAAGACCGCCAUGUCGUACGAGAAAGUAGAGGAAAUGUUGUCAUCUCGCUCCAGGAAUAGGUCAGACUCAAGAACAUCGACCACUUCAAGGAGAAGCGAUUCAACAUUGGACGAGACCUCAGAUGCAGAAGAUCUUGUGAGCGACAAUCUUGACGACUCUGGCUCCGAUGACGAUGAGCAGUCUUCUGCGGAGAAUAGCGACUCUGAUGCAGCAAGUGAAGGUGCAGAGGUAGAUAAUCCUAAUAGACAGGACUAUGGUUCAUCGUCCGAGGAGCAUCCAACCUCGCGGAUGCCGAGGGAGAGGCGAAUCCAGCUUCUCGAACAAGAGCAAGAUGACUACCUGGAAGAAAUGGACCGAGAAGCCCGGAGGCAGGAAGAAUCACGGUUGUUGUCCCUGAUCAGGCCCCAGGAAGCUCAAGAGGAGAAAGGCAUAAAGGAAGAAUCAUCCGUAGAGUUGGGAAGUCGACCGCGCGUGCUGAGAAAGGCUGUUGAAGACUGUCUGGGAUGGUCUGUGGAAUACGAGGCAGAAUGGGAGCGACAUAAGAGAACACGGGUUUUGGAGAGCGCAUCGGUUGCUGAGCCCGCACCGAAGAGGAGGAGACUAGAGCCUGAGAGUGACCAAGGCUGA